AUAGUACCAGAUGUGUUUAGUUAACUAUCGGUAAUAAAGAAUAAUCAUCUGGUGUUGUGCCUAUGUUAUAGUAGGAGAUCCAGUAUUGAUAAAACAAUGUAAAAUGAAUAGAGCCGUACAAUGUUGUGAAGACAUAAGCACAUCAUAUAUUUAGCUGUGUGUUGUUGAAAUAAGACAUUUCUUUGCGAUUCCUGAACAAAGCUAUGUGUGAUAUGUAUGAACUAAACUGACAUACAGGAUACUCUAAAACUGCUCAAGGCUCACACAAUGGAAGAGACCGAUGAACCGAGGGCUUCAACAGGCGCCAACAGGUUCCUAAGGAUCCGAACCAGCGCCAUGAAAGAAAUCCAAGCCUGGGUCCGCAAAGACACCAACUUUACCCCAGACAUGGUCAGAGCCUCUGGACUGAUGUCUGAGAACGUGACAGAGGAACGCAUGCUCAAAUCUAAACUGUUGGAGCUGUCGAAGGAGAGGUACAAGUUCAUCAUGCAGAAUAAGUACGAGCAGAUGGUGUUUCAGGAGAGGCAGAGGAGGAAAGCUGAGCUGCGAAGGGUGGUGUCUGCUUCGGUGGACGGCGAGAAACGUUACACAGUGUCCAGUAGAAGCAACGCCACGAGAACGAACCCAUCGCGGAACACGGAAAAUGUACAAGCAAAACCUCCAGCUGUGGCGGCGUACGAGAAGAGGAUUAAAUCCCAUUCAGUGUUGAGUGAAAACACGGGGACAAUAGUUGAAGCACCGACAGUCAAAGUGACCAUAGAUCGCUCACCACCGGAAGUUGGGUUCCAGACAAAUCCUCCGCAAGAAACGCGAGCUCAGGCGAAUCCUUCACCGGAAGCUCGACACCAUUCCUACCGUUACAACUCCAGACAACUUUCUCAAAGCGUCGAGUCCGACAGACGCACGUCCACCACGUCCCAGGCCCCCACCCUGAUGUCCGGCGCCGACAGCAAACGGCCGUCAACUUCCGACCUGCCCACGUGGAUUAGGGCGAAGAAAGUUCCCAGCAAGUACGGCGAACGUAUCACCAGCAGGACCAGCGAUCCUCGCUACGCUAUGUUGGAGCAGAGGUUGUGUCCCGUUGUGCAGGGACGGCCUGAGUGUGAUGUUGCCUCCCUUGUGGCGUCCAGUGAAGCGCUCCACGCUCACCCAAAGACAAAGCAGAAAGAUUUUAAAAAGUCUAAAAUAGAGCUGAAGGCACUGGAAUAUUUUAAACGACAGGGUUAUGUGUUUUAAGUACAAAGACUACUUUGAAAACAUGCGUUUAAGUACAAACUAUGUCUUUUCGAGAAUAUAUAUUUACCUAAAACAUGCAACACAUGUGUAACGGAAUUGUACAUAGAAAAAAGGUUUUUAGUUUGUAGCAUUAACAUGUGUUUCCUUGUUAAUUAUGUUUGUUUAUGAAUGAAUUAUGAUGAGCACAAGUAAAUACUAUAUGAAGCAUACAUGGACCUCACUACUGCGCAUCUUCUUCUUCGUUCUUAAUUUUUAGUGUUAGAAGGGAUCGAACCAGAGGGUUUGAACUCGAGACUUUUUUCGAAUAUAACAACC